UAUAAAAGCUAGAUAUUUGGAAGACAUAUUCCAAGCACAUACAAUAUUUUGUUUCCCCUCCAAUGUCUUCUCAUCAUUUGAAAGGAGUAAAAAAAUCAACUUUAACCGAUAAAAUGAGGAGUGCAAUAUGUGAGCAUAAGAAAGAGAAUCCAACUAUUAGCCAAAAAGAUAUGCAAGCAUGGGUGCAACAAAAAUUUGAUUUGACUAUUAGUCAAUCAACAAUAUCGAACACUCUUAAAAGGGCCUCGGAAUAUUUGUCAAAUGAGAUGAAAAAUAGCGACGUUAAAAGGCACAAAUUGGCAAAAUACCAUGAUUUAGAGAAAGUUUUAUAUGAGUGGUUUCUUCAAAGGCAAGAUAAAGUGAACAUGUAUGGAGAAAUUAUUCAAGGAAAAGCAAAAGAGCUUUUGCAAAAAAUGUAUGGUGAAACUAAUCCAGAAUUCAGUUUUUCUAGUGGAUGGUUAGAACAUUUCAAGGCAAGAUAUAGAAUCAAAUCUUAUCGACGUUUUGGUGAAAGUGGUUCAGUUAUCAUGGCGAACAUUGAAAAUGCUUUACCUGGAAUACGAUCAAAACUAGACCAGUUUCAGUUGAAAGAUAUUUACAAUAUGGAUGAAACUAGAUUAUUUUACCGAUUGGAAGUUGAUCAUUCACUUGCUAUCAAGCAGCUCGAAGGACACAAAAAAGAUAAAGAGAGAAUUACUGUUGUUGUUUGUUGCAAUGGUGAUGGAUCUGACAAAAUACCACUUUGGGUUAUUAGUAAGUAUGCAAAUCCUAGAUACUUUAAAAAUGUGAAUAUGAAUAAUCUUAAUUGCAAGUAUCGAUCCAACAAGAAAGCUUGGAUGACUGGCUUGCUUUUUCAAGAUUUUGUUGGUUGGUUUGAUAAGAGAAUGAAUGGCAGGAAGGUUCUCUUAAGAAUAGACUAUUGUCCAGCUCAUCCAAAGGUAGUUGAAGGCUUGAGAAAUGUAGAGUUAUUUUUCUUACCUCCUAACACAACGUAUAAGAUCCAACCAUGUGAUGUUGGGAUUAUUCGAGCAUUCAAAGAUCAUUAUCGUCGUCGUUUUUAUUCUAGCAUCUUACAAGGCCUUGAGGUUGAAGCACCAGAUCCUGAAAAAAUUAAUAUUUUGACAGCUAUUAAUUUUGCUAACAUGACUUGGAAUUUUGAUGUGAAGACAACAACAAUUGCAAAUUAUUUUCGGCAUUGCAAGAUUCGGUCAGAAGAAAACAAUGUUCCCGAACCAGAAGUUGGUGAAUUAGAUGAAGGUAUCCAAGGAUUAAAUGAUGUCAUCUCUAAUUUAUACUAUAGAAAUGUAAUGGAUGUUGAGCAUCUUUUGAACUAUCCUAGCGAGAAUGAUGCAGUUAUGGAAUCACCUACAGACGAAGAAAUUAUUCAAUCGGUAAUGAACAGUAAUGAUGAUGAAAAUGAUCCUGAACCAGAUGAUAGUAGCGUUGUCCCAAAUGUGUCGUCAAAAGAGGCAUUUCAAGCAAUAGUCACCUUAAGCAACUACUUGCUACAACAAGAGCAAAAUAUUCCGGAAGUUGUGUAUGCUCUACAAAGUUAA